AUGUUUAUACUAUCAGAAAUCAAUGAUCUAAUACGGAUCCCACCACACACAUUCAACAUCCCUAUUCAACAUGCAAUCACCGACGAGCUCAACAAGAAAUAUGCCAACAAAGUUGUCCCCAAGCUAGGGGUCGUUAUCACCAUAUGGGAUUUGCUCGAUAUAAAAGACGGACUACUAAAACCAGGAGAUGGCGGAUCAUAUGUUGAAGUAAGAUUUAGAUGCAUUGUAUUCAAACCAUUUGUUGGUGAAGUAUUGACUGGUUGGGUGACUGAAUGUAAAGCUACUGGUAUCAAGGUACGAUUAGAGUUUUUCGAUGAUAUUUGGAUCCCGGCUGAUUAUUUAUUUGAAGACUGUGAAUUUAAAGAAAGCGAACUGGCUUGGGUAUGGAAUUCAGCUGAUACAGAAUUGUUUAUUGAUGUUGAUGAAAAAAUUCGAUUCAAGGUGGAAAAAGAGGUGUUUUACAAUGUGAAACCGAAAAGUUCCAAUGAAGCCAUAGGAAUCGAAGAACCGGCGAAUAAGGUGCCGCCAUAUAGUAUAAUUGCAUCCUGUCAACUCUCGGGUCUUGGAUGUGUUUCAUGGUGGGAUUAG